GAAACCAACCAACCUUGUUUAUUUGUUUACUCCCUCCCAAGACUUCUCUUUUGCGCUCUUCCCCUCUUCUUCCAUGGUGACUAUCUCCAGGUUCUCCGGGCAUGGCAGCCCUGACUCUAGCGCCAAUUAUGCUUCCCCCAAGAUGCAGCCCAACCUAGAGAAGCAGAACCAGCGUUUUCAGCCGGAGCCUCCGCCGGAUGACAAAACUGACGUUCUCGACGGCGGCGGAAGCGAGUCUACGAUGAGUUUCAUCGAUGAUUUCAGUAGUUAUCCCACAAACCCUCAACCUAACCCAAACCCUAGCCCGGUCAAGCUCCUACACCUGUCCUUCAACCAGGAUUAUGGCUGCUUCGCUGCGGGAACCGAUCGGGGAUUCCAAAUCUAUGGCUGUGAUCCCUUUCGUGAGAUUUUUAGGCGCGAUUUUACCGGAAACGGAGGAGGAAUUGGCACCGUUGAGAUGCUUUUCCGAACCAACUUACUUGCUUUGGUUGGCGGUGGAAGUUCGCCAGAGUUUCCGAUGAACAAGGUUAUGAUUUGGGACGACCGCGAAAGCCAUUUUACUGGGCAAUUAUCUGUGAGGUCUGAAGUGCGCGGGGUUCGAUUGCGGAGGGAUCGAGUAAUUGUCGUCCUUGAGCAACACGUUCUCGUCUACGAUUUUGCUGAUUUGAAAUCGUUGCAUGAAAUUGAGACAAUUGAAAACCCUAAGGGGCUCUGUGUUGUGACUCAGGUUGCGGAGCCAUUGGUAUUGGCCUGUCCAGGGUUGAAAAGGGGGGAAGUCAGAGUUGAACAUUUGGGUCUGAAUAAGACACAGUUAAUCUCAGCUCAUAAUUCAAGAAUUGCGUGCCUUGCACUCUCUCAGAAUGGGAAUCUGCUGGCCACUGCUAGCACCAAAGGGACACUGAUUCGUGUAUUCGAUACCGAUAAUGGUAGUUUGCUGCAGGAGGUAAGGAGAGGUGCAGACAGAGCAGAUAUCUAUAGCCUGGCAUUCUCGCCCACGUCAGAGUGGCUGGCUGUCUCAAGUGAUAAGGGUACUAUUCAUGUAUUUAGCCUUAAGGCUAAGGUUAAGGUUGAUCCUGAAAGUGGGAAUGAAAGUUCAAACAGCCCGAAUCCAAAUAGUUGGAGUGUGACUUCAAUACCUAAGUUGUCUUUCAUAAAAGGAUUCCUGCCAAAGUAUUUCAGCUCUGAAUGGUCAGUUGCGCAGUUUCGUUUGCCUGAAGGAACCCAAUACAUGGUUGCUUUUGGUCAUCGAGAACAUACACUGGUGAUUCUUGGUUUGGAUGGAAGCUCUUACAGAUGUAAGUUCGAUCCAGCCACAGGAGGGGAAAUGGAGCAAUUAGAGUAUUACAACUUUCUCAAUCCUGAAGAACCUUUGUAGAAUAUUAGUAGUAAAUAUAUUUUUUGAUCUCUUUUUUAUUCCUUUUCCACUGUUAAUGAUUUUGUAGAUAGGCAUUUUUAAGUAGAGAAGGUAGUGCACUAAUAAGUUAACUUUUAUUGGUUUAUUUUUAUUGUGGUCGUUAA